AUGAGGUCGCAAAGCCUCAACCUCGUCCGCUGCAUCUCUUCCGCUGCGUCCAGAGCGCCGGUUUCCGCUGCCCGCCCUCUGCACCAUCUGUUCUCGUCCCCCGCCAUGUCUGCGACCGGGGCUGAUGCCUUUGAGCGGGUCAUUACGGGCAACAAGAGCUACGCCCGCCGCUCCGCCCAGAGCGAGCCGCAGCUGUGGUCGACGCUGUCCCAGGGCCAGAGCCCUGAGGUGCUCUGGUUCGGCUGCGGCGACUCGCGCGUGCCCGAGACGACCAUCUGCGACUGCAAGCCCGGCGACAUCUUCGUCCACCGCAACAUCGCCAACGUCAUCGCCCCCGGCGACCUGAGCAGCGAGAGCAUCAUCGACUUCGCCGUCGGCGCCGUCAAGGUCAAGCGCAUCGUGCUGUGCGGCCACACCAAGUGCGGCGGCGCCAUCAACGCCCUUAACGACAACGACCUCGGCCCCGCCCUCAACGCCUGGCUGCAGCCCCUGCGCGAGCUGCGCCGCAAGCACCAGCACGAAAUUGACCAGCUCGAUACGGUCGACAAGAAGGCGCUGCGCCUCGCUGAGCUCAACGUCCGCCAGGGCCUCGAGACCAUCCGCGCCAACUCCACCGUCCGCAAGGCCGUGGCUGAGCGCGGCGUCAGCGUUCACGGUGUCAUUUUCGACAUCUCGACCGGCGAGCUGCGCGUGCUCGACGACGAGCACCACCACAUCCCCGCCGGCCUGUGGCAGCACCGCUAA